AUGCAAUUCGGCCAAAGCAAGAGGACCUCCGAGCUGAAGGAGAUCGACCCCUUCACGCAGGCUUUCAACGAAAUCGACACCAACGGCGACGGUGUCAUCACGAAGGCAGACUUGGAGGAAUUUGUGCGGAGGAACGAUCUUGGCGAUGACUUGCUUGUGAAGUCCUGGAUGAACCUUUUCGACACGUCCAACGACGAGCUUAUCACGAUUAAAGCCUAUCGCGAGAGACUUGGGCUACGUGUGGACGAAGGAUACUGCCCGAAGUCACCAGAACCGACGAGCCCUGAAAUGCAGAGCUACCCGUCUCAGACGCGUCCCGACGUCCGUCUGAUCUCCGGCAACAUGCCGGCAGACCGUCAGUCGGAGAUAAUCGAGGAGGUCCGACGCCUCACCAAUGACAGCCCCAAAUUCAAGGAAGCGGAGCUCGUGGCUGAACUAAAACGCUGGCUUGAAGAUCGCUACGACAGGGUUUGGCACGUGAUUCUCGUCAAGGGAUCCUACUGGAUGCACUAUUCACACGAAGUCGACUGUUCUCUCCAAUUCCACAUGGGGUCCCACGUCUACCUGAUGUGGCGCACGCCUGCUGGCUAG